AUGUCUUCACAGACCGAAUUAACAUACAAUGGCGUAUCCGCCGAGGAGGAUGAUCGACCACACCACUCUCUAGCGAAAUCCCAAACCUUCGACGUCCUCAACCCUGUGCGAAAGAGGAAUAAAAAUGGGUCAUCUGAAGUGACGACUGCCAACACUCACUUUUCCGGAGACAACCAAGGCUUACAAAUCGGUCACAAUACGGGAAUCAUAAAUGUGACUUUCAAUUCACAAUCUCUGUUCGCCAGUUUCGCGGUCCGGAAUGAUAGCAAAGAUACGCCUACAAAUAGAAGCGCAACAAGGCUCCAGCUUCGGAACAGAGCUCGCUUCCAAGAUGACCGACGGUUGCCGCAAACCAUCGAGUCCUAUGCGCCAUAUCCCAAAAUAAAGAAUAAAGAGACCAAAAGACAGCUGGUUGAGAUUUUCAAGCCGUUACACUUCCUCGAUUGCGCCAUUGCCGAGUACUUCCAAGCCGCGGGUCCAUCGCUUGACCAAGAACAUGUUCACGAAUGCCUAAAGAAAAUUCGACACGACAUUGUGAAUCGACCUGGCAAUGGCUCUCAUCAACCUAUGGCUCCAGAUGUGUAUCUUGGCGAUCUUGGCUCCUUUUGCGAAGCUGUGGCUAAGUCUUGGACCAAUCCAGGGUCCUCCCAGCCUGUCUUCAACCUCACUUGCCGAAGCGACGAUGAAAUAUUUCACUACCUGCAGGAUUCCCUAGAGGUCCAUUAUUGGGAACUGUCGUUGCAGUUAUUCUCAGAAUGGCGACAGCAAGUGAAGAGCUUGACCGAGGAUCUUGUCAUUCGUGUCAUUGAGAGCGUCAAACAUGAGAUACUGAUUGGAAGAUCGCGGCUUGCGGCCUAUGCGGAAUCAGGACAAGAUGAUAUAACCCAGAUCCUGAAGGGAAUUGACAGGAGAAUCCGUAUACUUGAUAGCGUGUGGGCUAGAUCAUCAUCCUCUAAUAGCGACCACCUCUAUGAUCUCAUCGUCGAUGAGCAGCGUCAAUCCCAACCUGUCGAAUCUGACGAAGAUUCAGUGACAGAAAUUUCUGAGAUGGCAGAGUCCAAAAAAGAGACUGUCACGCUCAUGGUCCUGAUUCUUAUGUUCUUGAUUGCAGCCAUCAUUCCCUGGUCCAAGGCAUUUGCUAUCUCGUGGAAGGCUGGUGGAAAAGGCAGCACCGAGGAUGCAGAUUUCUGGUAUCUGAUUCAAAGCAGUAUCAUGUCUGUCCUGGGCAACCUCAUCAUGGUUGUUCCUCUCAUGAAGAAAUCGUGGUUAUCACCAGCAUACAGCAUGAUGUGGUUGUUCUUCAGCUUAGGACUGGUACUUGCCGCUGUUUCUAUAGCCAUUUACCCCUUUUGCAACACUGGAUGGAGCUCUAUGGCUGCUUUCUUUGGAUCUAUUGCCUCAGUUUCUUCUGUGCUGGUAAUGACACAGGCAACUGCAAGAGAAGCUGAUAGGUUCAAGGUCAAGGUAAACUGA